UCUCAAAACAAACCUCACUCACUUCAGCAACUACCUUCACUUCCAAUUUAUUUCACAGUUUUCAGGAUUUGCUCAAGUAUACUUCAAUUUCAGUUAGUCAUUUUUAUCAUCAGCCAAAACAGACUUUCAGUAUCAAACAAUGGCAUCAAACUCACUCACUGCUUGGACCCCAAGAGAAAACAAGAAAUUUGAGCAGGCACUUGCUAUCUAUGAUAAGGACACCCCUGAUCGCUGGCAAAACAUUGCUAAUUACGUAGGUGGAAAAUCAGUUGAAGAAGUUAAACAACACUAUGCUAUCCUUAUUGAGGAUCUCAAGCACAUCGAGUCUGGUGGCGUCCCAUUUCCAAAAUACAAGUCUGGUGGAAAGUCUCGUUGAGCUAAUCAACAAGCCAAAUGCAGGCAUACGAGGUAUAAUUUAUGCCGUAUAAAUACCACUCAAGUUGAAGACGUAUGCGGACAAAUUACAGAAAGGAAUAAUAUUACUCUCUGAAGAUGUAUGCACUAUUUUUUUUUUCUUGUAGUGGGAUGUGUUACAAUGGUAUAACCAUUAAUAUCCUUUUAAAUUAAUAAAAAGCAUAUUAUAUUUUA